CCAAACAAUCACAUGCUUCAUCGUUAUCAAAUAUUAUCUCUGCUUCAAAUGCAAAUGCUCUACGUGUUGGAAAUACUUCACAAUAUGCUUCUAAUAGUAUAUGCGUUCACCAUAUAGAUGGAAUUGGUGCUGUUAAUCAAAUAAAGAUUAGUAAAUAUGAUCUUGUUUUCAUGAAAAUUGUUUUACCAAAGUUGGAUGCAUUGCACCAAGAUUGUAGUUUUUAUCUUUCACAUAGAAUGAAUGAUAUUCUUGCCAAGCCAUUCAGCAAAUUGAUGUUUCUUAAGAUGUUAGAAAAUUAUUGUUCACAUCUUGUUAUGCCGAAAUUCCAGAGUAUUCCAAGACUAUUUGGUGUUUCUGAUAUAUCAAAAUCAGCUUCUAAUAGUGACAUAUUUUUUUACUCUUUAGAUACAUCGGUUAUAAACAAUCUAGCUAAUGCAUCUUCAGGUACUAGUUCUUUUAUAUCUACUAUUAAUAUACCAAACAUACUAACAUUGACUCAAAGUGGACAGAUAUCUACAAUGAAUGUAGGAACAUUUGAUAAUAAUGGUACAUUUGCCAAUAUUACAGAGGAUGAUGAUAAUUCUUCACCACGAUUUGAUACUACUAACGAUCACAAG